GCGGCGCCACCGCCAGUCGUGCCGUGCCGCCUCUCCCCUGCGCGUCGUCCACGUGCACUGUCGCCCCGUCCCCGCCCGCUCUCUCGCAGUCCCAGGCCUACCUCUCACGUGCACAGAUUGACCCGUCACCUGUGACAUGAUGGCCUCCAUAGAUUUAAAAUCACCCCUGCCCACUGAUGGACCCUCUGUUACCCUCACCAUCCGCCUGCUCAUGCAGGGCAAGGAGGUGGGCAGCAUCAUCGGCAAGAAGGGAGAGAUCGUCAAGCGGUUCCGAGAGGAGAGCGGUGCCAAAAUCAACAUCUCCGAUGGGGCUUGUCCGGAGCGAAUUGUCACCGUCACCGGCGCCACGGACGCCAUCUUCAAGGCGUUCACGUUGGUCUGUCAGAAGUUUGAGGAGGCUGCUGGCCUCCAGAGCGGCGGCGGCGGCGGUGCGCCCCGUCCCCCCAUCACCCUGCGUCUCAUUGUCCCGGCCUCCCAGUGUGGAUCGCUGAUCGGGAAGGCCGGCGCCAAGAUCAAAGAGAUCAGAGAGGUCACCGGAGCCAGCAUUCAGGUGGCGAGUGAGAUGCUGCCCAACUCUACAGAGAGGGCGGUGACCGUGUCGGGUACCACAGAUGCCAUCACCCAGUGCAUCUACCACAUCUGCUGUGUCAUGCUUGAGUCUCCGCCCAAGGGCGCCACCAUCCCGUACCGGCCCAAGGCUCAGGUGGGCACCGCCGCCAGCCCCGUGCUGUUCGCGGGCAAUCAGAACUUCGCGCUGCCGGGCGGCUUCGGCCUGCCGUCGGCCGGCGCCGCCGCCGACGUGAGUACGGGUCAGCUCCCGUUCCUGGCCGGAGCGCCACCGGCCGGAGGUCACUCGUCGCCGCCCGUCAUCGCUCCGCACACGCCUCUGGCAGCACAUAUGUCCCCUCACUUCCUAGACGCCAAGGCCGGACACAUCCUGUUACCGAGCCUGCCGCCGGCCUUCCCAGACCCGAGCAAGUCGAACCCGCUGGCCAGUCUGCUCGGAGGUCUGGGCGGAGCUCACAACGCCAUCCAGACCAACACAUCAGCGAUGACAGCUCUGGCAGCGCUGGCCGGCUCCCAGCUGAGGACGCCGCCCACCGCCGGCCCUUGCACCCAGUCGCACGAGAUCACCGUGCCCAACGAGCUGAUCGGCUGCAUCAUCGGCAAGGGCGGCACCAAGAUCGCCGAGAUCAGACAAAUAACCGGCGCCAUGAUCACCAUCUCCAAGUUCGACGACACCACUGAGGACUCCACCCACCAGGACCGCGUCAUCACCAUCAAGGGCACGGGCGACCAGGUGGCGCUGGCGCAGUACCUCAUCAACACCAGAAUAUCUCUGGAGACGGCCAGCAUGGGCGUGGCCGGCAUGGGAUUUCAGUACAUCUCCCCGAACCACAUCAUCAAAGUGCCGAUCCAUUGAUAUAUGGCACCGUCCCCCGGCCCCGACUAUGCAGUUAUUCUUUGAGCGGCGAGGCUGGCCGACCCGGCUCGCGCCCGUCUCUGACUCGCCGCUGCUUCGAGACGCCUCACUCGCCGAGUCGACUGAGGAGCGCGCCCUGGCCGGUCCUGGGCUGCCGUCUCUCCGCGCCGCGCUACCGUCUGCUCGCUGACGGCCGGACGGCGCGCCGCUUGGUUUCUGCUGUCGGCAGCGGCCAGUGGGCAGUAUCAGUGGCGGGCGGGGGGCGUGUGCCGUGGGCCGGGGUGCAGGCAGAGGGCCGGCCGCAGGAGGGGAGGGUCACUGCACGGGUCACGGGUCCGCUGAGGCCGCCGGCCCGCCGCGCCGAACCGCCGGGCGGCUCUGUUAGGUCUGCUCUCGCGUCCUGCCGCCGCAUGCUUGGCUCGGUAAGAAUGGGUCAUAUUUUUGUAAUCAGGCUUGGUGUCUUGUGUUGGCUAUCGUGCUGCGUCCGUUUCCUCAUAAUAAGCUGCGCGCUUUGCCAAACGAUGCUGUACAUACGUAAUUCGGGGCGGUGUUGUACACAUUCAGCAGAUAGUUGUGAAUAUCUUUUAUAGAACUCUGCAGCACUGCUGAUGUUCCUGCUCUGCUAGCAUCGCCACUUGAUGGCCUUAUCUUUGUCUACAUCUCUCGCUCUUCCCUGCGUACCCGCACCGGGCCGGUGCCCCCUGUGUGACCCGCUCUUACCUGCCUGCACACCGCCCCUCCUGCGUCGCACCGCUGCCUCUCCCGAGCCGCGCCACCUCUGCCCACCUGUAGCGGUCGCAGUAGUGGCGUUAGUUGUUGUUCUUCCCUGUCCCUAGAGAGAAGAUCCCUUCCCCGACUAGAAUAGUACUUAUAUUUGACUAAGGAUGGCCUAACCGGGCUCAAGUUUCGAUGCCAGAUGCCCAGUAGACCCUUCCUUAUCUGACCGAUUUCCAUGGCUGGUCGAGACUUUAACCUGCCGGAAUGCAGGAUGAUUGGUUGCCAAACUGUCUGAUUUCUGGUGGAGGUGGCGCUAAAAUUUUCGCCACGAUUCUCCAAGACAGAGCUACUGUUUUGUGGCCAAAACAUUCGAAAGUUAUUCAGACAGCUGCAGAUCGUGCUUUGCCCUGCACGUUGAGUGGCACGGCAAGUUGCCGAAACCAUCGAAUAACUCGGCGGCACCAGCCCGACUGGGAAUACUAGCCUCACUUCGGACAAAUCUGUGUGUUCGCCAGUCACGGCGUCUGCCAAUCGCCGCUGGCGAUUGGUAAUCAUUCGCUGAUGAUCAGAGUCCGCUGAUCGAGCUCUCACUCCUCGGGCCCCACCUGCCCCGUUCGAGUUCCACCGUCGUCGCCCCAGCCCAUCUCCGACGCCGCGCCGUCACCCCCGGUGACCUGCCGUCAGGUCACCGACCUGACCUGGUGACCUGACCUGCCGUCAGGUCACAUCCACCGCCCCGUGCCGACGCCGACUCCACCUCACCGCCUGGCUUCACCUCGUCUUUCUCGAACAAACAAGGUGGUUCUGUCUUCCUGAUUGCUGCUCAAUGGCUCCCUUCGCCUUUGACGGAAGGUGGAGGGCGAUCUCAGCCCUCGGACUCGGCCUCGGACGGCGGCGCCGGCGCCUCAGGAGCGCCGCCGUCGGCCGCGCCAGUCCAGCGCUCAGCCCGGCCGGCCGGACGGCAGCAGGGGCGUGCGAAAUUGACGGGAACGUUUCGGGAACGCAGCAAUAUGCCCGCAGCCUGGCGGGCUCUCGGAGCGCGGCUGUGGACGGUGUAAAUGUCGCAUGCGCUCGGUCGGUUCUGGCUACUCGUAGUUGUAUUUGCUGUGUGCAAUCUCUGUGCAAUAGCAGUAUUUAUCAAUUAAAUAUACACUUUCUAGAUAGACGAGUGCUAGGCGUAGAUGGCUCGUGCUCAGACUGCCGCUCAAUCAGCUCUCGGCGGGCCGGCCGACCGGUGCGCUGCGCGUCCGACGGACCGCCGCGCGCCGGAGGCUGUCUGUCCCCCUCCUCUGCCGCCCUGCACCGCUCCCAACCGACACGUCACGGCGAGCUCCCUCCCCGCCCCGCUUACCCGGCCCGCCCCACCCGACGUAGGGCCAUGCUACCAGAGCAGGGGAGGGCGAACAGGGGGCGCGGGGCCGCCACAGACCGCGAACCUCGCCGCCGAGCGAGGCCGUGCCGGCUGCGUGCCAGAGCGCGUGAGUGUGCGCCUGCCUGUGUGGAUGUACAUAGCUAUUGCCAGUAUUGGCUGCAUUAAGGCCCCGUUUUGCUGUUGUUGAAAGGCAAUCUGUUCGAGUGUGCUCUGAGAUUUUAGGACUGGCGGACGGGCGAGCUGCUGAAGCAGGAUACCCUUUAUAUCAUGUUAUAUAUCAAUGCUCUACAUCGGCAAUCAAUCACAUCAAGAAACAUAUCUGGCUUACA